CACCAUGCGAGCCCCUGCAACUCCAACCCAAAACUCUCAUAAAGCACAAUAAACAGCUUUAGGUCGCUGGUACAUACCUCGACGUAGCCACGCCCCAUGCGGUCGCGGCCUGUUUCACAAAUGGACAAAUCCUAUACCAACUUCUAGUGCAAAAGCCUGAAUUACCUCUAAAUUUUUGUAAAGGCAUACUUAGAAGAUGGCACCGGCUCCUAUCGAGCAAACUGGAUUACCACCUAAGCGGAAAGUAAAGGCUUAUCAGGUGCUCGGCGAUGUUGGAGAGUUUCAGGAGCGGCUAGCAGCAACUUUGCCCCCUCCCAAGCCUCCGCCUCCACCAAAUGUCUUUACAGUACAAGACCCCAGCGAAUUUCCGCCGGACGUUUGGUUUGCUGCAACCAUCUCUCCAGAUAACGGUGUAUCAGUUAUAGCUGCGUAUAGGGAGCUUUGUAAGGCCAGGUCCCUCUACCAACAGCAACUCGCCAACAUCCACGCCGCCCGGCGCCAGCACAGCCUUCCCGCGCCGCUGCCCUCCUCCUCCGCCGCCUCCUUCGCCUUCCCACAGCCCCCGCUCUCCCAACCCUCCACCUCCUACCUAGCCGCAGGAGCAGCCCCCGGCGGAGAGCUCUCCUGGGCCACCGCAGGCGCCCCGGCCACCACCCAAUCCGGCGGAGGCGCACCCGCAGCGGCAGGGUCCUCACCCGGAGCAGGCGCCCUGAGCGGCGGUCGCAGCGCUGCUACCGGAGUAACAGGCAGCAGCGCGGCUCAGCUGGCAGCCCCGCUCACUAUCUCGGAGGCGCUGCGGGCGGGCGCGGAUGCACGGCGGUUGGGGCGGUUCGAGGCUCAGCAGGCCAAGUGGGACGAGGUGACGGCCACGCUGGCCACACGAGUGGGGCGGACGCCGCAGGAGCUGGCCAUGCAAAGAGGCCCCGCCUGGCGCACCCGCGCGGAGCUCACGGAGCUGCUCUACCGCGCGCAGCCCCGGGACGCGCGCGGCCUGAACCCGGAUGAGGUGCUGCUGACCAGCCUGCGGGACGCCUGGGAGCGCAUCAUCCCGCUGGGGGACAUCUUCUCGGGGCUGGCACUGCACCUGAAGGACAAGCCGCACGAGCUGCCCGACUGCCGCGCCGCCCGCGUGGGCCGCCCGCUGGACCCGCUGGGCCCGCCCCGCGGCGCCACGCUGCUCUCCACGCAGCGCCAGGCGGCAGCGCAGGCGGCGGCAGCGGCGCAGGCCGCCUCCCUGGCGGCCCUGCAAUCGCUGCAGACCCUGCAGUCCAUGUCCGUGAGGUCGGCAACGGGCACGCCGGGACAGGGGGUGGAGCGACUGGGCUCUCCCGUGCUGUCGCAGAAGUCGGUGCUGUCGCGCGCGCAGUCGCCGCCGUCACGGCAGCCGUCGUCGCCACAGAUGCCGCUGCCGCCGCCGUCGCAGCAGCAGUCAGCGGCCGCGCUGGCCAUGCCGACGCUUGCAGGGGGGUUUGCGGAUGGCAAUGGUGCAGCGGCGGCGGCAGCCGCGGUUGCGGCUGCAGGUGCUGCUGCCCCGGCAGGGGUGUCCGCCGCUUCAGUUCUUGGCGGCGCUGGACCCAUGGGUCGUGCUUCGGUUACCUUUCCUCGCUCUCUUUCCGCUCGCGGUCGCGCCUGGGAGGACAGCGAGGUGCUGCGGCAGCGGGUAGCCGAGUACGGCAGUCGGUUACGGAGCCUGGCGCCGCAUGAUCCGGAUUUUGGGUCGUUGGUGGUUGCGGGUGAGGCGUUGGAGGGGCAGUUGGCGGCGCUGGCGUCGGCGCCGAUCACGCUGUCGGAGGUGGAGGCGGCGGUGCGGGAGGCGGACCCGGCGGCGUUUGAGGCGUACCGGGCGGUGAAGGAUGAGAUGGAGGCCCAGCUCCGCGCGGCUCUGGAGGCGGAGGAGGAGCAGCGCGCAGCAGCGGAGGCAGCUGCCCGCGCGCUGGCACCGCAGCCCGGCCCCCACAUCAUCCUCACCGCUGCCGCACUGCCGGAUCCCAUCACUGUCGCCCUCACAAGUGGGGCAUCUGCUACUGCUGGUGAUGCCGUUGAUGCUGCUAAUGAGCAGCAACCCCAGCUACCCCAGCAGCAGCAGCAGGCAGCAGCCGCCCCCGGCGCCGCCUUCCUGUCCCUUCGCUGCCACACUGGCGAGGUGGCGCAUGGAGUGGUCACCCUAGCCAGCAGAGGCACCUCAGCGGUGUGGUGGGAAUGGCGGCGGGUGGCCGGCCCGCAGCACCCGCAUGCGGCAACACAGCUGGGCCAGCCGCCCCGCUUUGUGGCGUCGCAGCAGGCGGGGGUGCUGCUGCCGGGGCAGAGCCUGCAGCUGCGGGUGACGUUCACGGCGGCGGCGGCUGCGGGCACCUUCCGGGAGACGUGGGAGCUGGUCACUCGGCCGCCGUUGCAGGGCCCCGCCCCACCUCCUCUCAAGCUGCACCUCCGGGGCGCUGCAGAGGUGCGCGACGAGAGCGGCCCCGCCCGCGCCGCCCUCACAGACCGCCUGGCGCAGAGGGAGAAGAUGGCGGCGGUGGCGGCGGCGGUGGAGCGGGUGCUGAGGGAGGUACGGCAGCCGCGGCGGGCGCAUCCGGCGGAGGCUCCGGAGGAGGCGGCGGCGGCGGAUGUGUGGGACCGUACGAACGGCUGUGCGGCGGAUGGCGGGCCGUACGCUUGGCCUCCCGUGUACUACUCGCCUGAGGUGCAGGCUGAGCUGGCAGAGGUGUACCGGGAGGCCCUGGGUGCGCUGUCGGCGGCCCUAGCGCCACCGCAGGAGGAGGACCCCAAGAAGAAGCGCAAAGACACCGCCCAGCCCCGCAAGAAGGGCGGCCAGGACGACAGAGACACCCCCGCCACGCCCAAGUACCCGCCCACAUGGACCGAGCGAUCCAGCCUGGCCACGCUGGACGCCCUGCUGGCGGAGCUGACGGCGACGGCGCCCGCCGCCGCUGCGCCGCUGGUGGCCCGGGCGGCCGCCGCCAAGACCCGCGCGCGGGUUCCCGCCAGCAGCCGCCGCCUGGCCCGCCGGGCGCUGCGGGUGCUCGUGGGAAAGAUGGUGGAUGCGGUGGAGGACAGGUUUAACACAAUCAGGACGGACCUGGAGGCGAAGGUGGCGGCGGAGGCGGCCGCCGCCGCCGCUGCCGUGGCGGCGGCGGGUGGUGGAAGCGGAGGCGGCGGCGGCGGUGGCACGGGUAGCGGCGGCGGUGACAGCACCGCCGGCGGAGGCGUUGGCGAGGGUGAGGGGCUGGAGGGCGAGGGCAGUGCUCUGCUGUCGGCGAGGAAGAAUGGCGGCGCAGCGUCGCCGAUUGGUACGGCGGCCGGCAAAGGGAAGGCUGGCGGCGGCAAGGGCAAGGCGGGCGAGGGUACGGCACCUGCGGCGCCUGCGCCUGGCAGCGGGUUGCCAAGUGUGGAGCACCUGCAGCCCACCUUCCAUGACAAGGCCAUGAGCGGGGCGAGGACGGUGAUCAAGGCCACCCUGAACACCCUCCUAGAGGAGCUGCACCGGCACCGACUGGCCGCGGGGGACGCCCUGGAGGCGUCCGUACGGCAGCUCGACCAACGCAUCGCCGCGGAGCAGCAGCAGCAUCAGCUACAGGUACAGGCACAACAACAGCAGCAGCAGCAACGAGAAGAGCAGCAACCACAACAACGCCGUCCGGGUGCGGGCAGCGAUGCGGUGGCUGCCGCUGGGGCCGCCACAGGCGAAGCCGCCGCCGCCGCCGCGGCCAUCGGUGCUGCCCUUGCUGCCGUCAGCGGCGCCGCCCCCGGUAGCAGCAGCAGCAGCAGCAAUGUGGACUGGUACGCCCCACCUGCGGGCGGAGUGCCCGCUCCAGGUCCGGGGCCGCCUGCCGCGGUCCGCUCUCCGGCGCUGAAGCAGCUGUACUGGGAUCGGCUGACGGUGUUGCGCAUGUGGACGUCGCUGGGCAUCCCCAACCGAGCGGACAUUCGGUAGCGGCUGCAUGCAUGGGCAGCGGUAGCGAGGCAGCCGCUGCCUCAGCGGUGAAGCAGCAGCCACGUGGGCUGGGUAAUGGCCGCAUGCUGGCAAUACAUCUGAUUCUGGCCAGAAGGGCAGCGGCUUUUGGGGCCUGCUGGAUGGUGGCUUGGUGAAGUACGUUAAGUAGCAACUGUGUGAGUGUACCCUGACCAUAGGGCUUCCUACCCAGAAGGGGAGAGACGUGUAAGAUGUGAUUUCAGGGUGGCUAUGUGUUGGUGGUGGUGGGGGGGCCUGGUGGGCUUCCCGUUGUGUGUGCUACCCCUGCGUCGGGGUUUGGUUGGCGUGACGCCCAAGGUGAAGGAUGGAGGAAUAGAGGUGUAUUGGCACGUGUAGCCGUACGGUUAACACAUGCAGGGAGACAGCGCGCUGGUGGUUUGAGGACUGGGCCGCGGCUGGGACGGAGGGUGUGACUGCAGGCCCUGACAUGAAGGAAGAGGCCGUGGCUGGGGUUGGGAUACGAGGUUGCCUGCCUCGAGAUGUGAAUGUGGCGGUUGCCCGAGUAGCAGUACAUCCCGUGUGCAAUACCACCCCAGCCCCGAGCCCCAGCGUGUCCUCUGCAGGCGGCCAACCCAAGAAGUCGUCAGGGCGCUCCUUACACCGCAGGAAGCAGCACACCACAAACACCUACUCACACGCGCACAUGCGCCGGCCGUGUUGGUAGCCAAGGUGACAACGCCAGCCCAGGUCCCCAGUUACACAUGCCAAGUUCCCCCACCCAAACGACUUGUUACAUAUGGGGGGUCAUAGUUACCGUACCU